AUGGUGAGCCGCUCUCGAUCUGCAUUGACAGCUUCCUCGAGCGUGCCGCAGGGCUUCACCGACGCUCCUGGCGUAUCGGUCUCAAGUAAAGCUGCCGAUGAUGACGAUGCAAUGCUCAUCGUCGAAUGGACCGUGCGUCCUCAAGAGGCUAUUGCGAUGUCCGUCACUAUCGCUCUCUACCGCAGUAGCGCACACCGAGCUGACGCCCUCGAAGACGGCAUAGAACAAUGGGGUCACGACCAGCUAUCCUUCAUCUGCGGGCCUCCUCGUUCUCUCCUCGGCGUCGACUGCAGCCACCUGAUACUAGCAUCCCGUAUGCGCGAUGAUGUACACUUCCCACGAAGCUGA